ACUCUCAAAACAGCAUAAACAACCACAGCAAAACUUCAGAAUCAUCUGAAGACUUGGAAGAACCUAUAAAAGAACCUGAACAACCUAACAUGAGCAUGGCAAGCUACAUGAAAUUUUCUGUUUGGGUUUCCUUUUGUGAGAUUUACAAUGAGUGCAUUUAUGACUUACUACUCCCAGUGUCAAAUGACAAGAAAAGAAGGGUGCUACGUCUUGCUCAAGACAUCAAAGGCUGCUCUUAUGUAAAAGAUCUGCAGUGGAUUCAGGUUUCUGAUUCCAAAGAAGCUUUUAAACUUCUGAAGCUCGGGUUGAAGCACCAGAGUAUUGCUUGCACAAAACUGAAUACUUACUCCAGUAGAAGUCACAGCAUAUUCACUGUUAAAAUGUUAAAGAUUGAAGAUUCCGAAGCACCUAAUGUAACACGAGUCAGUGAAUUGGCGCUCUGUGAUCUUGCUGGCUCAGAGAGAUGUACCAAGACGCGCAAUGAAGGUGAUAGAUUGAAAGAGAGUGGAAAUAUUAACACCUCUUUACUGAUUCUAGGCAAAUGCAUCAAUGCACUCAAGAACAGUCAACAGUCAAAGCUGCAGCUGCACAUACCAUUUCGGGAAAGUAAACUAACUCACUUCCUUCAAGGCUUUUUCAGUGGAAAAGGGAAGGUAUAUAUGAUAGUAAACAUCAGCCAGUGUGCUGGUGCAUAUGAUGAAACCCUCAAUGUGCUAAAGUUCUCAGCAAUUGCCCAAAAAAUUUGUGUUCUAGACACUUCUAAUGCUCCCCAAGAGCAGCCAUUUAUCCAGAAGUCUGCAAGAGAAGUGUCUCUCAUAAAUAAUGCUGACACUAAAAUGCAGAUAGCAAGAAAGAGAGCCACUGUACUUUGGGACAGGAGCCUGGAAGACGUGAUAGAAGAUGACGAUGAUUUAACUGUGGAUAACAAUGAGACACAUGAGGAGCAUGAUAUGGCAAAAGAAAUGCCAAAUGAGGAGGAGGAGGAGUAUGAUAUGGCAAAAGAGAUGCCAAAUGAGGAGGAGGAAAAUAAAGUAAUUAUUGGAAAAGAAGAGUAUCUGAGACUACUAAAUAUAAUAGAAGACUUGAAAAGCAAGUUGAUCAAUGAGAGAAAAGAUAAGUUACUCCUGGAAUUAAAAAUUCGUGAAGAAGUCACACAAGAAUUUACUCAGUAUUUUGCUCAACGGGAAACAGAUUUCAGGCAAUGCCUUUCUCAUGAACGAGAGUUGCUAGAAGAAGCUUCUGAACAACGCUUGGAAAUCUACAAGGAUUUGGUAAAUGAAUGUGCCAAAAACCUGGAUGAAGAACAGGUGAUAAAAGAUUCCUAUUGUAAUGAAAGAGCUGGAAUGCUGGAAGGAGGCAAUAAUGUAGCUCCUGAGAACUGUAUUGAUCUCGAGGGCAUUAUUAAUUUUCUGCAAGAUGAUGUCACUGAUAUUAAGAAGCAGGCAGAAGAAGCUCACAGGUAUAUUCUAUCCCUAGAAGACCCACAAGAAGCUAUUGCUUGGCUUGAACAAAAACUGGGAAAAGUUACUGUUGAGCUAACUAAAACCAAAGAAGAGCUGACACAGAAAACUAAAGAGCUUGAAAUGCAAGUGAUUAAAUUAAGUGAAUCUGCUCAACAACUUGAAGAAGCUACUGAGAAAAUGACGACACAGAAUAAACGGAUUCAAGAGCUAAUGCACAUUGUGGAGCAAAAAGAUGAUGUUAUAAGUAGACUACAGGACUUAAUAUCCCAUUUAGAAACUACAGUAAAGGACUAUGACAACACUGUAACUACCAUUAAAAGACAAAUGGCAAAGGAGAACAGCAAUGGGACAAUAGAAGGCACUCAGUCUAGUGAAAGUGUGAAGCAUGUGUUGGAUGUAGGAAGAAAACGCUGUUUUGAAAGUAAGCCUACCCAAGAGGAAGAGCCACCUACAAAGAAAGGGUCCAUUAGAAGUGCAUGUAAAGGUGAUGCAAUAGAGCAAAAGAAAAUUGAAGAAAUGCAACAAAACAUUUUAGAAAAAGAGGCAGAAAUACUAGCAUUACAGGAAAGAAGUGAAUCCCUUGACUGUCAAUUAGCUAUACUUAAAGAAGAACUUACAAAUGAAAAAAGGGAAAAAGAAGGGUUCAGUAGACAGAUGGCAAACUUGUGCCUGGAGCUAUCUUCUUCAAAAGAAAGGGCUUCUGGUUUAAGUGAGGAACUCCAGCAGUGUCAGGCUAGUUAUGGGAAAAUAGCUUCUGAAUUAGACACACAAAAAGCUAUAAAUAAAGAGCAAGAGGAGAAGAUUAAACAACUGACUAAAGAGGUAGAAGCCUCUAGUCAAAAUAUCAUAGUCAAAGUGUCACAAAUAAAAGCAAUGCAGACAAAGAUAGACGAGUUGCAUAAACUUGAUUUAGAAUCUUGUACUGUAGAUGUUGAUCUGGUCAAUCUAAAGGAUUUUUUGGAAGAUUCUCAAAAAGAUAAACCAGGGAAAAUUCAAAUGCAUUCCUUAAACACACAGUGCCAAACAUCUAAUAUUGCAGAUGUCAGGCGAGAGAGCUCUUUCCAUUGCAGUAUUGAAGGCAUUUGGAAAGAGUGCAAGCAAAUUAUUAAGGCCUCUUCCCAAAAAAGUAAUCAGAUCCAAGAACUCCUUCAACAAGUUGAAAAUUUACAAAAGAGCAUCAGUGAGGCUGAGCGUGAGAACAAACAACUAAAAGUACAAUUGGAUGACACUACAAAUCAGAGUAAUUUGUCCAUAAAGGAAAAGGAGAACCUUGUUAAUCAGUUACAAGAACAAUUACAGGAAAAAAAUUGUGAGUCUGAAAAACGUGGGGCUGAAGAUAGAAGAGCAAUUACCCAACUUGAGAAACAAAGUGCCAGUCACAAGGAGAAAAUAAAAGAACUUGAAUGCCUCUUGGAGUCUAAUAGGGCUAAAGAUGACAAUGCAGCCAGGUUAGAACAAAUACUUAAGGAAAAAGACUCUAUCAUUUUAAAGAUGGAAAGCGAUGUAAAAGACCUUGAAAAGAAAUGUAUGAAUUCAGAAAUAAAAAUCCAAGAUUUAAAUGAUCAAGAAACAGAACUGAAGGAGGAAGUCAUACAAUUGAAGAAUAACUUGAAAACUAUUGAACAUUCACUUCAGGAAAAGGAGAGAGAAGAAGAAGAAUCAAAAAAAGUUACAGAACAGUUAAAUAAAGAACUCUCUGAGAGUUCUGCCUUCAUACAGCGUCUAGAAAUGGAUUGUCAGAGGAAAGAUGAGGAGUAUACAGAUCUGAAAGAAAAGCUAGCUGAUGCUAAGAAACAAAUUGAGCAAGUACAGAAAGAGGUGUGCACAAUGCGUUCAGAGGAGAAAUUACUGAGAAGCAAAGUUAAUGAACAUGAGAAAACUAAAAACCAGUUUGCUGAGGAACUAGAUAUGAAACAGCGGACAAUCCAGCAACUUAAAAAGGAACUGUUGGGUAAUGAGCAGAUAGAAGAAAUCUCAAAACAAUACCAGAAUGUAUGUAAAGAUCUGCGUGCAAAAGAGAAAAUAAUUGAAGACAUGCGACUGACAUUAGAGGAACAGGAACAGACUCAGCUGGAACAAGAUCAAGUGCUAGAGGCCAAAUUAGAAGAGACUGAGAGAUUAGUUUCUGAAUUGGAAGAAUGGAAGCAGAAAUAUAAAGAGCUGGAGAAGAGUAAUAGAGAGUGGCAACAAAAAAUAAACAAACAUGAGGACAAAAACAUAGAUGUAGUUAGUGGAGAACUAAUCAGUCUGCAAGAAAGACUUAAGGAAAUUGAAGAAAAGUGUAGAACUGAUAGAAAGAAAUGGGUGGAAGAAAAAAUGGGGCUUAUAACUCAAGUAAAAGAAGCUGAGAAUCACCGAAACAGAGAGAUGAGAAAAUUUGCUGAAGAUAGAGAACGUCACGUAAAGCAACAAACAGAAGCGGAGAGGCUUACUGCACAGCUGGCAGAAAAGGAUAAUGACCUGCAAAAGUGGCGUAAAGAAAGAGAUCAGCUAGUAGCAGCUUUGGAAGUACAGCUCAGUACUUUGGUUUCUAGCAACAUUCAGAAAGAGAAAGAAAUAGAGGAACUGAAACAUACCACAUUAACGGGUUCAGGAAAGGAUUAUGGAACUGCAAUAGAAGAACUAAGGAGACAGAUGGCUGAAAAAGAUGACACUAUAAAGAAGCUAAAACAACUUUCUUGUCAUGAAAAUCCUAAAACUUUAAGGGUAACUGCAUUAGCUGAAGAAGGAGAAAAUAAAGGGAAUGAAUACCUCCAUAGUAAACAGUUUAAGGAAAAACAGAGAGAGAAUGAUCCUAUAGCUGGACAAAGUAUCCCAAUAAGCUGCAAUGAAGUUAAAGACAAUCUAUUAUCAAAAUGUCCAAGCACUGUGUCUUCAUUAGAUGAAACUGAGGACCAUUCAGACACUGUUCUGGACUCUUCUGAAGUAUCUACAGAAAAUGGGAGAGGUAGCAGGUUUCCUAAACCUGAGAUGGAGAUUCAGUUCACACCUCUGCAUCCCAAUAAAAUGGAAGUGAAACACCAGGGCAGUGCCUUACCAGUGACUGUUAAAAUGCCCAAGACAAGAAGGAAAAGGAAGAGUAAUGAGCUAGAUGAGGUAAGUCCUAAACAAGCUUUUUAAAAUUUACAGUACACAAUUUGACCUAUGACCGUGAUCGGUUUUUGUGUACCUUACUGUACUGGCAGUGGAAUCCUAUCUUAAAACUGAAACACAUUGUCCCUUGUGUAUCUCAUUCGUAUUAGAGCCAGCUAAAAAUAUUCUUAAUUGUAUGUUUUGAUAUAUUUACCCGAAAACAUGACUUUAAAUGCAUGUAACAUGGUGUUAAAAAUCUUUGUGUACUGUAUAACUCCUAUUAGCUAUGCUGAGGCAGUUG